AGUAGUGUGCUGCUGCUGUGCCGCAGUCUCGUGUGCAGUCGGUGCUGGCUUUUCGUUCUUCGAUGCUACUCUCUACAUGUACUCUCUCUGUCUCUGUCUCUGUCUCUCUCUCUCUCGCUCUCUCACACGUUGACUCGCACUACUUGCGGCAGAUGUGCGUGUAGUUUGCUAUAGGUGCGCGCAAGUGGGAGAGUGUGCAAGUGAUGAUUGACUAACGUUUUAUCUCGCUAUUCGCGCGCGUGUGCCGCUGCGCGAACAGUGUUUUCACUUUUUCUGUUGUGUUUUAUUAGUGUUCAUGUACAUAUGUCCUUUUACCCGCGAUAGUAGUGAGAUGUCGUAAGCAAACGUGAGCCGAUAGAAAAACGAUGGCCUGCCGACUCGGCAGGCUACUACUACUAGUGUUUUUUACGCUGUCCUCUAUUGCAGGUAUCGAGGCUCUACGUAUGACUGCUCUGAAGAUCCCGAGGCACGUAGUGCAGAAUCAAACGAUUCGUAUGGAGUGCAAUUUCAACCUGGACCGAGAAACUCUUUACUCGGUUAAGUGGUAUAAGGAUGGACACGAAUUCUAUCGCUACGUGCCUAAAGAACAUCCGUCCGUAUAUGUUUUUGCUUUACCAGGCGUCAACGUCGAUGUAACAAGCUCAACCGAAAGAUCCGUAGUACUAAACCGCGUCAAUCACAAUAGUACUGGUCGAUACAGAUGUGAAGUAUCAGCUGAAGCGCCCUUCUUUCACACAGUUUCCAAUCACGCCGAUAUGGGUGUCGUUGUACUACCGGAACGAGGACCUACAAUUAGUGGAGUCAAGUCGAAAUAUCACGUAGGUGAUACAGUUCGCGCGAACUGUACAUCCGCUCCGUCGAAACCGCCUGCUCAACUGAUGUGGUAUGUCAACGAAGAAACGGUGGAAGCCAAAUAUCUACACGGACCGCGCAAGCUGAGUGUAGAUUCCAACAAUUUGGUGACUAUACAGCUGAGCCUAGAGUUUCAAGCGCGAUCUAGGCAUUUUCGUGACGGGGACAUGAGGCUCAAGUGUCUAGCAACGAUUUCAGCGUUGUACCAGAGCAGCGACGAACACCGAGUCCUCGGGGACGAGCGUUUCCUCAAGCAGCCGAUGGAAAGCCGCGAAACUCGAGCGCAAAGCCACACAAGAAACGAGCUUUCUCGAGGAAUCCAGGCACGUUCAGCGACGUCGGCGACGAUUUUAAGUACUUUGUCGAUAUUUGCCGUCAGCCACUUAAGGCGAUAAUACUAGGAGAGUAAAGUAGAUGAAGAAGAACCAAAGUGAACGCGUGAACGUCGUCAGCAGCAGUGUGUAUGUACUCUACAUGGAUGAUUAGGACGUAGCACUUGCGUAUAAAUAAGACGAGGUGUACGUAUAUAUGGCUACUAGCGCAGAAUAUAAAGUGAGGAUUCGACGAGAUCUUGCGCUUUCUGCUGCUACUGCUUCUGUUCUUCCACGUUCGUUUUGACGCUCACGUCUAUUUUCUCGCUAGAGACUUUUGAUUAUUUCUCUCUCUCUCUCUCUCUCUCUCUCUCUUUUCUCUUUCUCUAGUUGCUCAAGUUUGACGUUCUACAACAAGCGAAUGUUCUUUUCUUACUCGUCGACUAAGGAUAAAAAGAAAGGUAUGAUGCUGUCCUCGCACUGUAUAUCUAUUUUGCUCGUGAGUGUGAGCAAAAAAUUUUUAUCCUGCUGGCGGGAUGAGUUCAAAUUAUACAUUCACAUUUUUAUUAUUUUUACUUUUUUUUUAUCCUGUAAAUCGUUCAAUAUUCCUAUCAAAUAUUCUCUCUUUUAAUGUACAUAUUAAAAACUACUGCAUAUCUAUCAUAUUCAAGUGUUCUACUUUUUUACUGGCAUGAAUCUCUUGACAUAUUAAUAGUAAAGAAUAUUCUUAAAUAUAGCCAAUUAAAUAAUCGGUUGAAGAUAAGUUUACUCGCUGAUUCGCUUACUUUUAGUUCAUAGUUACGCACUCACUUGAAAAAUAUUUCGGAGAAACCGUACGAAAAGUCAUAGUCGAGAUGAAGUGCACAUUGUCGAGAGCAGCAAAAUUAAUACCUAAUCUUUUCUUCCUACUAUUCGAAAUUCAAUAGCUUUCAUUGGAUAAACGCAUUUCGCCUAAACUAUCGUAUGUUCAUAUAUCAUUUUAAGUCAUCACGAAAACUUUCAGUAAUCACUUGCUCAGAAAUAACGUGAUAAGUCCUCGCUUUGUACAGCUCAUGUAAUUUUAUUAUUAUUUCCUGAAAAUAAAUUAGAAAAGUUUAAGAAUACAACUUAAUUUUUACAUCACUCUUUAAUCUAGAUAUUAUUUCAGAAAUAAAUAUAUUUAAAAAAAAAGUGAAUUUUUUAUAUGAAAACGGUGAUACAAAAAAAUAUACUUUCAUUAUUUUUCCAAAUUAAUCAUACCGAUAAAAUAUUAGCAACAGUGAAUAUCAAACGAAAACUCAGCAAGUAAUAUUUUACAAGAAUCUGAGACAGUCAAGCACUAAUCAUUGUAUCUUAUCGCACUUGAGUCUACAAGUGGAAGCUUUCUCGAAUAUCUCAUUCCAUGUAGCUACAUUUUUACCUGUGUUUAGGCUUCUACUUAACCAAAAAUACAACAUUUAUAUCAAUAUAAGCCAAAUUCCCAUGAAAACGCGAUGCAUGCAUAUGACUAAAGAGAUUCUAGAAUAUUUUAUGUCGAAGGAAUUAAAUGUGUACUUGUCAAUUUCAUAAAUAUAAAGCUCAAUUCAAAAGUUUUUCUUUUUUAGACAAUUGAAUUGCCUCCGAAUUGGCUUAUCGAAUUGAAUCAUCACCACAUUCUACUACUAACAAUUUUUGAGUCGGUAUUUUUCAUGCAUAGUCAUGAAGUCAAGAACUAUCAACUCAUAUAAAUUAAAUACACAGCGUGAAAAAAAAAAUUCACGUGAUUUUUGAGCAUAUUUCAAUGUUGUUGACAUAAAAAAAUUGCUAAGUUAUUCAGUUCUUCAGUUCUAUGAUCUGCGUCAUAUUAUGACGUCCAAAAGUUUUUGAUGUAAGUUAAUUUAUCCAUAAUCAAUUUAACAAGUCGAUUCAUUAAUGUGUAGACAGAAUCAGUAUUAAACAAAGUGUUCAUUAACUUUUCAUUCUAAAUAAUUAUCGCAGCAAUUUUUGUUAUUUAUUUUUUUAUAGAAACAAGUUAUUAUAAAAUGCAUCAAACAAAUAUUAAAUGCUGUUCGUUUAUAUAUCUAUUACAGCUUUUGCUAGCAUUCCUUUUUACCAUUUGUCAUUUAAUUUUAACUUAAUUUAUUACUGUGAUAUGACAGAAGACUGUUACUUUCCAACCGCAUAUUGGUUUGUAGAAAGUAUGGCUUCAACUAAAAGUAUUUCAAAAUUAAUUACUGUAAAGUUUUCAAUAUUCUACUGAAAUACCUAUAUUGCUUUAAAGUAUAUUAUUGUGUGACAUUUAUGUUUAUGCAAGUGGUCGGAAUAAGUGGUUAACAACGAUAUUAAUCGUCAUUGAAUCAAAUACCUUGCCGAGUGAACUAGCACAUAUGUGUAAUGUAAAAUAAAAAGAGAACAUUAUUUUAAAUAUUUAGUUAGCAAACUCGCCCGCGAUACCAAUCACUGGAUGACACUACAGAGCUAUGCUAACUAAAUGAGUCGAAGGAUGGAUCAGGAAGAAUACUUUAUCACAAUUGCUUGUCGCUCAUAACCAAGCUUGGGUUGGCGCUUUUGUGAGAUAUUCCAAAAUUUAGAAGGCAAUAUAUACUAAACGUCAAAACAUAAAAAUUGGCGAAAGAAAAUAAGCAAUAGUCCUUCCAACGUAACGUUAAUUUCAACAGUGUCCAAGAGAGAAAGAAAGAGAAAGAGAGAGAGAGGGGGGAAGAGAUAGAGAGAUGAACAAGUAUAAGGCCGGAACAUAAAUAGAAUUGAUAAAUAAAAAACGCUGAUAACACAAAUACACAUAUUCUAAGCACUAAUAAUAUGCAGAUACAAUCAAUGGUUCUUAGCGAAAAUCAAUUCUCAAAACGAAAAAUGACAGUCACAUAUUCCCGUUGAAAUAACAUCGUAUACGACAAUAUUUAGGACAUUUAUGAAUGUUUAGAGAACGUAGAAACAAAAAACCCAAAUUUUUACGUUAUAUCAUAUACGCGUCUGCAUGUAGCUGCAUCUCAAAUAUUGAGUGGACGAUGUGACUGUUCGACUUCACUUCAGAUUAGCUGACAGAGGGAGUCCGAUUACCCGUAAAUACGAUAGAUUUUCAUGUAAUACUAACUUAAGCCUUGAUUUAAAUAAAGGGACUUUAUUAUAUAGAGACUGCUUUCUGGAAUACCUCUCGAAAGCAUAAUACCCAAUCCCCAGCUCGGUGACGAGCGACGGCGACCGCGGUGAAGUCUUCUUCAUCGAUCCAUCCUUCGACUCAUUUGAUUAGCAUAGCUCUGAAGUAUCGUCCAGUGAUGGAUAUCAUGAGCGGACUAAAUAUUAAUAAUUGAUCUCCCUCUCUCUACACCAAUUACGUAGAUGUUCUAGUUAUUUCGGUAAGACGUUAGAGUUAAUGACGACUAAUGUAAUUGUUAACCACUUGUUUCGAUAUUUAUGAAAUUCACGUUAUGAUACUAUCCAUUCCUUCUUAUAUUUAAAUGAAAGUAAUAACGUCACGAACAUAAAUGUCACAAUUGAAUAGUAAUGUUCUAGAAACAAGGGACUAGAUAAAAAUAUAUUCAUAUCACCUAUGGAAUCUGAAUAAUUUUUCAGUCUUUAAAUAAACAUUGUACAUAUGUAAAUAUUAAUAAUUAUUUCAAAACUGACAUAUUUAGCAAAAUGUAAAAGUACAUAUUGAAAAAUAUUAUGAAAUGAUAUAUAUUCUAAAUGUACAUGACUGACACUUAAUUGAAAUACUUCGUUGAAGAAUUUUUAUUUGAUUAUUUCUAUAACGAAUGUACAUAGCAUAUAUAAAACAAUUUUAUAAUUUUAUUAUAAUUUCUAUCUACCAAAUAUAAAAUUGGAAUAGAUUUAAAGAGCACUAAAAUGUAAGAGAACACAUUUAAAAUCUGUACAGGAAAGGUAAAAAAUAUAAAUAUAUUUUGAGAUGUUCCUAUUUCCAGAUAAUGAAGUUUCGAUUAAUUUCUCUUAUCCCUUCUUUACAAGACAAAUAAAUGAAAGAAAGUUAUUCUUUAUCAUACUUGAUCAUUUUGUGCAUAAAUAUGUAUUUUAUUUUGUUAUUCAUAAAAAAGAGUAAACUACGUACACUAUGUCUAGUACUUAUAAUUCAAUUUUCCGUUAACGACGGAUGAUCGUUUUUUGCCUUUUCACUACAGAGAUGUUUCUCAAUAUACGUUUGAAAAAGGGUGUCGAUUUGUGUAUGAUAUACAGUAACAAUUAUGUUUGAAGUCAAUCAUAAUACACACACACUUACACACAUAUACA